CAAUUGGGUCCAACUGAAAAUUAUCCCCAAACACCAAAGAACCAAACAUCCCAUGAAACAACUACAGAGGAUUCCAUAAAUCCGUCCUAGUUCCAACUUACCAUCAUCGUACAAGUGUGGGCAAGAGAGGAGAGAGAGAGAGAGAGAAGAAGGGGUUUUAGCAGUGUUUUUCUUUUUCCAAACCCAGAGGUUUUUCGUUCCUAUCCUCAACUUCAUUUCACGUAGGAAAUAGUGUAACCCAUUCUUUUUCUUUGCCUUCUUUUCGUCAUUCUCACAAAAGGGUAAAAAAAAAAAAAAGAGAUUUUUUUUUUUUUUUUUUUUUUUUUGGGGGUGUUUGUUGGUUGGAUUGUACGCAGCGUUCCAACAAUUUGUACAGUAGUAUAGAUUUCUUCAUAUCAGUGGAUUGUGUUGAUAGUGGCAUGGUGCUUAAGAUAUGGUGAUGAAAAAGAGGCUGGAGUAUGGUUUCGAUGGCUACCGGUUUCCUGCUGUGCCUCGGGCUCCUAGAUCGUCUAGAAGGAGGCAUACCGGAAAUGUGGAUGAUAAGCAAAUUUGUGCGUUUGAGUUGUUGGCAGCUGUAGCCGGGAAACUUUUACUGGAGAGUGAAAGCUCGGCUUCUAGUAAUGCAGCCGAGGGAAAAGAUGGACCUGCAAUUCAGAGAGAUGUAACCGAAGAACUGGGAAAUUUUCAAGAAGGCAAAGCUUUGAAGCCGGAGUGCCUUGAUCGGGGAAGCUGUGUGGAAAGCGCAAUUUUACCCAAAGGCGCAAUUCAAGAGCAGAAAAUCAAGCAUGGCAAUGGUGGAUCGUCAUAUUCGGAAAAUAGUUGUGUCUCAGAGAGCACUUUUACCGAGUUCUCCGGAAAAGUGUAUCCGGGUGUCAAGUUGGAGAGCGUUAAGAAUCUCGAUGCUGAAGGGAAUUUCAAUAGCGAAGUGGAAGGAAGACCGUCUAACCUUGGGGAUUUACGUAGUGUUAACAUUAACAACGCAACUCAAAAACAACAGUUAGCUGAUGACGGGAUGCAGACGGGAGACAUAACUAUGGCUGGCGGUUGCAGUGUAAAGGAUCCGAUAAAAAUUUCUUUAACUACUACUAAUAAGAAUACCCUCAAUAACUCAGAUUGUAGUGUACAGCUGCCCUUGUACAGGGACCCGGUUCCUAGCGCUUCUUUUGCAAAGCAUAGGAGGAAUGAUGUAAAGUUAGGUAUUAGAGAUGAUGACGAAAAUUCUUUUAGGUGCUUUAAACGUAGCACCAAGAUCAGGGCCUUUAGGCAUCGAUCACACAAUGGGUACAGAAGAAUACGCAAGUUGUUGACAUCUAGACGGUGGCAGGUAGCUCCCGGGUUGAAGGAAUGCGAAUUUUUCAACUCUUACAAGGCAAUGAGGCCGUAUGGUAAUAGGAAAAGAACAUAUGCACAACAAAGACGCCACAUUGAAAAGGCUCCCAAGAGAAGGAAAUUGUGUAGCCGUAGCUUUGCUAUUGCCUAUGACCAAGAGGUCAGUAGUGAAAGCGUUUCUAAUUUGCCCGAGAAGCAAAGCAAUGGAGAUAAUUACGGCUCGGCCUUGAUUGCGCACAGAGGUAUCGGGACUACGGCUUCUGUUAAAGGUCUUCAAAAUCCUAAGGAUCCCAAUGUAAAAUUUAGCAUCAAGUCGUUUAGGGUGCCAGAGUUGUAUAUCGAGGUUCCUGAAACAACAACGGUUGGUUCGUUAAAGAAAACGGUGAUGGACGCCGUGACAAGUAUACUUUGUGGUAGUUUACGGGUGGGAGUGGUUCUUCACGGGAAGAAGGUCAGAGAUGACAAUAGGACUUUACAGCAAGCUGGUAUUUCGCACAAUGGUGACCUUGACGCUUUGGGUUUUACAUUGGAGCCGAAUUUGAGCCAAGUUUCGUCUUCCUUGCCUCAAAAGGAUCCUCCGGCUGCUGCAGAAAAAGAACUCUCUGGGAAUCCAGCCAGCCCGAAUUUGGAUUUGGCACUUUUAGCUAUUCCUCCCCAUCCUUCUCCAGAAUUUAAGUUGGAUAAACAUGAUGACGAGAGUAACCAUGAGUCCUUGGAGGGCCCCACUGAUGCAUCAAGAAAUGUAGUUGGCGCGGAGUCCCAAGCUCUGGUUGCAGUUGAGCGAACAAAUGUGGAGCCACUUGCUGUAGUAGUCCCGAUGAACCAGAAAAGUAGACGGUCUGAACUUUCACAGCGUAGGACAAGGAGACCGUUCUCGGUUGCUGAAGUGGAAGCGUUGGUGGAAGCUGUAGAGCAGCUUGGAACCGGAAGGUGGCGUGAUGUAAAAAUGCGUGCUUUCGACAACGCAGAUCACAGGACAUAUGUCGACUUAAAGGACAAGUGGAAGACGUUGGUCCACACAGCGAGCAUUGCCCCGCAGCAAAGGCGGGGGGAGCCGGUGCCGCAGGAGCUUCUGGACCGCGUGUUGGCCGCGCAUUCAUUCUGGUCGCUGCAGCAGGCGAAGCAAAACGGGAAGGCUCACACUGAAGCUGUGACGAUUGGUGAUGCCCCGCCGCAGCUUCUAGAGGCUUGAAACCUCAAAGCUGGUCUGUUUCAUUUCUGAAAUGUAAAGAAUUUAUUAACAUAAAUUGUAGAAAACAACAACAUUACAUUACAUUUUCACAUGUUUUCUCACAGAUUGAUUGAUUUACCUUAGUAUUCCACCCUGCUUGGUGGAUAUGCCCAUUGUAAAUGAACCCAACCAAUAAACCUGUCUAACAGACAUCCUAGGACUCUUCUUUUCAAGAAUUGAUUCAAAUGCAUUAUGUUUAUUAUUA